UUUCUUCCUUUAUUUAUUUUUUUAAUAUAAAAAGUGACAUCAGACAUACCACCACACCCAUUCCUUUAAAUUAGCUAUUUGUUUAUUUUUUGUCUCAUCGGAAAAGCAGGCUCCUGUGAAAUCCACUUGUUCCACCCUUCGUGUCUGUCUGCCCUCAGUGUCACCAGACUGCUCUCUCCUUACUCACCUCCGUUGUCCCGCUCGAACCAUGUACGCGAUAGCCCCCAUUCUCCUCUCUCUUUCAGGGCUGAUGCUGGUCUGGCCCUCGGCUCUCUCUGACACUGGAGCCAGAGAGCACACGGCGGGCAGUGUCUCUGCGUAUAACGUGAAAGGAAAUGCCGAAAAUGUUGAACUGUUAUACCGUUCAGAGAUGGGGCAACAGCGCCGUCGUGUGGAGAGGUCGCCAAUCGAGAGCUGCGGCUCCGACCACCAGAACUACUGCUUCAACCACGGCAAGUGUAUGCUGCUGGUGGACUUGAAUGAACAUCAUUGCAAGUGUGAGAGAGGCUACUAUGGCCACAGGUGUGCGCAGAUGGAACUGGUCUUCCAGCCAAUGAAGGAGGAGCAGUGGGUGCUUGUGGCGGUGUGUGUGGUUAUGCUGCUCAUAGGGCUGACGGGAGCGCUUUACUUCUUCUUCAAAUGGUACAGGAAAAACAAAUGCCCACUGCCAAAGAAGAGAGCGGGAUACAUGGGAGUGGAAAGGGCCUAGCGUGUGUGUGUGUGUGUGUAUGUGUGUGUAUGUAUAUGUGAGUGUGCAUGAGGAAGGGCGGGCAUGUGUGUGACAAAUGCUUGAAUGUUGAAUCUUAUCUGCACUUUGUAGCAUUUAUUUCAGCAUAUUGAAAUACUUCAAAAAAUAUAUUUGCGUUUCAUUUUCAGGUGUCUUUUAUAUAUAUUACUUGUAUUUUUCUAUUUUUGAUAUCAAGUAUUUUGCAUAAACAUGUGUUACAAUUAUAAACUUGUAUUUAUGAUUGAUAGUCAUUACGCAUUGAAGUGUUUCCAUCUAUAUUCCCACGAUUUCCUCAUUUUUGCAUUUGUUUUCAUUUUGAAUGUUAUACUAGAUUAUUCAUGCUAAUAAUAAUAAAUACGCCUAUAAACUAGAAUAAAACUAAACUUUGCGCUCA